CUCUCUCUCUCUCUCCUUCUCUCUCUCUCUCUCUCUCUCUCCCCCUCUUUCCCACUCUCUCUCCCCUUCUCUCGGACCAGGAGCCUCGGAAUGUGCGGACAUUGUCGCUCCGGCCCCGCAUCUCGCCGUCGACAUGUUGCCCCGGUCGCUUCGCUUCAUCGACUCCGUGGCCGUCGUGGCGACUAUUUGCGCGGCGGUGUUGCUGGCGAAGAGCUGCGUGUGUGUCGGCGAGGAAGACGACGAGGUCCUGGAGGAAAAACAGCUCCUGGAGCUCCGCAAAAAGGGUCUGUUCAUCCUGGAGAGCGAGCCGCUGAAGCGCUGCAUCACGGUGGACCGCUCCAACCUGGUGCUGGAGGACUGCGAGCGGCCCACGCGCCGCAUGCUGUGGAAGUGGGUGUCCCGUCAUCGCCUCUUCAACCUGGGCACCAGCACGUGCCUGGGCCUCAACGUCUCUGACGCGACGCAGCCUCUCGGCACGUUCGAGUGCGACGCCGCCUUCCCCGUGCUGUGGUGGCGCUGCAGCGGCAACGUACUGUACGGGGUGUCCCAGUGGAAGGUGGCCGUGGCCGGACGUUUGGUGGUGGUGAAGAAAAACUCCUACCAUGAGUGGAAGAGGUACAGCACACCCAGAGAGGGGCCGUGCUCACAUCCCUAUGAAGAUAUACACACAUUGUUGGGAAAUGCACGUGGCAUGCCCUGCGCUUUGCCCUUUAAAUACAACAACAAAUGGUACCACGAGUGCACGACUGAGGGGCGCGAGGACCACCUUCAGUGGUGUGCUACCACCACCCGUUACGAUGAGGCCGAGAGAUGGGGCUUCUGUCCGGUACAAGUUUUAAGUUGCGACCGUUUCUGGGAGUCCAACCAGGAGCUGCGUGCGUGUUACCAGUUCAACCUGUACACCAUCCUAACCUGGAGUCAGGCGCUCUCAACCUGCCAGGCUCAAGGGGGAAAUCUGCUCAGCAUCACCAGCCUGGCAGAGCACAGGUAUAUCAGAGAUCGACUUGCAAAUGUUGGAGCGAUGGUGUGGAUCGGGCUGAACCACCUGAAGGAUGGACGGGGGUGGCAGUGGGCUGAUGGAGCUCCUCUAUCACUGGUCAAUUUCACCACAGCUCUGCCUGCCAGCCCGCUGCAGGACAACAGACAGUGUGGAGUGUACAACUCCGCCUUUGAGGGCCACUGGCAGAGUCUGUCCUGUGAGUCAGCUCUGCCGUACAUCUGUAAGAAGACGCCUAACGACACCCGGAGAGCAGAGCCACUAGAGAACUGGCAGUAUAUCCACACAGAGUGUAGUGACGGCUGGUGGCCUCACAAUGGCGUCUGCUAUUGGCUGCUGUCGGAGACGGAGGCCGGAAGCUGGGAGGAGUCUUCCCGGGCCUGUGGCUCUCGGGGGGCAAACCUCACCAGCCUCCACUCCCUGUCCGAGGUGGAGAUGCUGCUCCAGCUCCUGACUAACAUGUCCGGGGAGAGCGCGGAGGUGUGGAUCGGUCUCUGGAAACAGGCAUCGUCGCCGACUGUAGAGUGGUCCGAUGGCUCGCCAGUGACUCUCACUCUCUGGCACCAGUAUCACCCUCCUCACAACCUGACGGAUGCAACACUCUGUGUCAAAGCUGACAGGAAGGAAGGUAACUGGCUUUUAGCGCCAUGUGAUGAGCGACUGCCUGCUGUGUGUCGAAGAGAAAUCCAGGUAUCCGCUCAUCAGCCUGGAGCCUGGGAUGAAGAUUGCCCUGAGGGCUGGAAGCGACACGGCCACUCCUGCUACACUGUGACUGGCCACGAACAGAGCUAUGAGGACGCACUGAUGGGAUAUUACUGCACUGCUCCUCUCCUGACUGUGGCAAACAGGUUUGAGCAGGCGUUCGUCAACAGCUUGCUGAGUGAGAGAGGGACCAGCAACAGCAGCAGGUAUUACUGGAUCGGCCUCACGGACCUGGAGAAGAGGGGAGAGUACAGCUGGCUCCUUCACAAUAGCACCUCCGUGCCUCUUACCUUCACAAACUGGAACAAACACCAGCCGGUCAGUGCUGGCGGCUGUGUCGCCAUGGCGGACGGCCCUGCGUUGGGUCACUGGGAGGUGAAAGACUGCAAGUCGCACAAGGCCUUGUCGGUGUGCAAGCAGAGCAUCAGCAGCUACCACGACGUCCAGCUGCCAGAGCACCACAUCGAUGCCUCCGUCCCCUGUCCUCCAGGGUGGGAGUCCCGCCCUGGGAUGCUCUACUGUUUCAAGGUGUUCCACAAUGAGAAAGUGCUGAUGAAGCGUUCCUGGGUGGAGGCAGACUUCUUCUGCCAGGCCCUCGGGACUCAGCUGGCCAGUUUCUACCACUAUGAGGAGCAGGUGUUUGUUAAGCAGCUCCUCAGUACCAUGUUUGAAGGAACAGAGGGCCGCUGGUUCUGGGUGGGUUUAAAUAAGAGAGACCCUGAACAUCCCGGAGCCUGGGAGUGGUCUGACGGUUCUCCCGUGGUGACGUCCUUCAUAGAGGACAAGAACGAGGAGGAUGACAGGAGGGACUGUGCUGUGUACAGCGACCUGACCAACGCUCUCUUGCCGCAGCCCUGUGACACCAAACACGAGUGGAUCUGCAAGCUGUCCAGAGGUGACCAACUGAAAAAACCCUACUGGUACACCGAGCAGAGCGAGCCCUGGCUGUUUUACCACGGAGCUGAGUACCUGCUGGCGAAGCAGCCCUUUGACUGGGACGCCGUCUCGCUGGCCUGUCAGAUGAUGGGAGCCUACCUGCUGUCCAUCCACUCCAGAGAGGAGCUGCACUUUGUGAAGGAGCGCUUGCAGCGGCUCUCCCUGGGCCCGACAGACUGGUGGAUUGGCCUGUCCACUGGGCAGCUUGGAGAGGAGGCCAGGUGGAGCGACAAGACGGAGGUAGAAUAUCAGAACUGGGCAGAGUGGACUGCCAGUGGAGGCCCGAGGAGAAACGGCCUGUGUGUCACCAUCUCCUCUUCAUCGGGGAAGUGGUCGGCGGGUAAAUGCAGCGACCUCCACGGCUACGUGUGCAAGAGACGGACUGUGUCUGUGGUGGAGACUCCCAGGGAGCCGCACUACGUCGGAGGAUGUCCAGAGAAAUGGAUGUACUUCGGACACAAGUGUCUCCUGCUUCACAUCCCUGAUGGCCCAAAGGAGGGAAAGAGUUGGAAAGAUGCCCAGUCCAUCUGCUCCUCCUUCGCUGGCUCGCUGGUUGCCGUAGAGGACGAGAUUGAACAAGCCUACAUCACUAUGUUGCUCCAGGGAAGCUCUGUAGGUGUGUGGAUUGGUCUGCGGGAUGAGGACACCAUGAGGUGGACCAAUGGGAGAUCGGUCAGCUACACCAACUGGUCUCCAAUUGAACCCAAGAGCUAUCUCACUGAGGAUGAGUGGCUCAGUGGAUUUGCGGAUGAGCCGCUGUGCACUGUUCUGUCAAACAACCACAACUUCCACCUGACAGGAAAGUGGUACGAUGAGAAGUGCAGCGAGAGUGGGUAUGGCUUUGUUUGUCAAAAACCACAAGAUAUAUCCAAACCCCCCACCCACUCCUAUCACCACCCUCUCCCUGACAAUAUUGAGUACAGGAGCCGCAGCUACAAGGUCGUGUCCGGCAACAUGAGCUGGUACGGGGCCAUGCAUAUGUGCAUAGAGAACGAUUCUGACCUAGUGAGCGUUACAGAUGCAUACCACCAGGCUUUCCUUACGGUCCUUGUCAAUAGAUUGGCAGUGCCCCACUGGAUUGGACUGUAUAGUCAAGACAGUGGCAUCAAUUACCAGUGGUCAGAUGGCAGUGACACGGUGUACACGCACUGGGACGCGGUCGAUGACGACUUUGUCACGGGAGAGUGUGUGUACAUGGACGUGAGCGGAGGCUGGCGGAGAGCUGACUGUGAAACUCCGCUACCAGGAGCCCUGUGUCAUGUCCCCCCACCAAGCAACAAACCCUUCAUCUCAUACGAGGUGGCGUGUCCCUCCACGUGGGUGAAAUUCAGACAUGGCUGUUACGACUUUGAGCCUGUGGUGCAGAAGCUUACAUUUGAAGAGUCAAGAGAGCACUGCAGGCAGAAAGUCAACACCUCGGACGUCCUGACCAUUGAGAGCGAGACGGAGACGUUUGUUCUGGAGCAGCUGUGGUCGUCGGGGUUCCUUCACCACGCCGUGUGGUUGGGAUGUACUUCAACACCGACACUGAUUCUAUGGGCCUGGGUGGACGGCUCAGCUAUGGACUACAUCAACUGGCCCAACAAAGCCCCAGACGCCAAGCUGCUGACUGCAGAUGCCUGUGUUACGACCAGGGUGGUUGACGGCGUGUGGCACCUGUCGCAGUGCACCGAGCGACUCGGCUUCAUCUGCAAAACGACCUCAAAUGUAAUCGCUGAGGUGGAAGUGGAACCUCUAAAUGGUUUACACCACGGCGUCGUCCCCGCCGCCGUGCUGGUGGCCGUCCUGAUCUUUGCCCUGGUGGCAGGAGCGAUGUGGUUCGUGUACAAGAGGAACUCUUCGCGCUUCCGCCGGCUCCCCACGCUCAGCAGCGCUUACUACAGACAAACCGGCUCGCAGGCCACAGAGUCGGACGGAAAUGUGCUGAUCACACACCUGGAGGCUCAUUCGGGAGAAUAGCACUCAAUUCAAUUCAAUUCAGUUUAUUUUGUAUAGCCCAAUAUCACAAAUUACAAAUUUGCCUCAGAGGGCUUUAC